CGGGCCAGUGAAAAGGGGUUAAUCGGAAAGAAAAUGGCAUCGCUUUCGCUGAUAUACUUCGGCGUGCCGUGAAGAAAAGUGAUCAUUUUAAACCUGUUUUCUUGUGAAUGAAGCAGAAUUCAACUCGAAAAUGAGGAGAGGUUAUUCUCGACCGCCCAUGGGGCGAGGAUAUUCUGGAGGAGGUGGACGAGGGUUCGAGCAGCAUCGAGGUGGAUUUCGAGGUGCACCGAGACAGAGCUCGAGAGGCAUCGACAGUGGUCAUGGCGGUGGGGGUGCACAUGGUGCAGGAGCAGGUGCCCAUCAUCGUGAGAGUAGCAGCGGCUACAUGCGGGACCCUGGACCGUCUGGGACAGGGAUGAUCGGCAUGCAUGAUCAAGCGAUGGUCGGCGGUGGCACGCGCCCGUCAGAUCCGCGGGACAGAUCGAGGAUAAUGGGUGCAAUGGAUCAUCCACAAAUGGGACAUGAAUAUGAUGCGAGGGUGCAGGAUAGAAAUGUAGGAAAUUAUUCUGCAAAUGCAGCGUAUGAUGUUGGCCAAAAUUCAAGAUUUAGGGAGCAUGGGGAGCGGGAGAAAAUGCACAUAAGUAGACAGGGACUCAGUUCAGGGCCAGCAGUGCCAGGCCAAGGGGCUGGGCGAAUUAGGGCGGGGGAUUAUUCAAGCCAACAAUACACUGAACGAGGGCCAGGUGUUGGCAGGUUGGAAAGGGAUAGUUACAUGGAAAGAGAAAGAAAGCAAGAGAGAAGAGAUUAUUACCCAAAUGUGGAGAGGGCAGAUCGAUUUAAAUCAGAUUUAAAGAGCCCAAAUGAGAGUAGUCCAGAGUAUUUUUCAACCAAUUAUCCAACAACCGAGUUGGAAGAGGAAGAAUAUGGAAUGUACGAUCAGAGAAGGGAAUCUGAAGGGGGGCAUAGGUCUAGACAUGAUAGAGGGGAUAGUCCUGAACCGUACCCAGAAGACGAGUUUGAAUACGAAUGCGAGAAUCCUGACACGCAGUCCGGUACUAGGCAACAAUCUCAAUCGGAUAUAGAAUUGAGCCCUGGCCCUGAUCAUAGUGGUAGGAAAAGCAACAUGUCUGAUAUUGAAUUGACCCCUGAUGAAAGGGGACAAAGGAGCAAUAAUUCUGAUAUCGAUUUGAGUCCUGAGAGUGGUAAAAGGGGCAUGAGGAAUGAAGCCGAAGGCCCAAGGUCCAACAGGGAUCUGCAAGAUAGGAAAAUGGAUCGCACUCAAGGUGUAGAUCCAGAGUCUCAUUUGACAGAGGACAGAGAUCCACAUAGUGGAGGUUCUAUACUUAAAAGUCACUCUGAUGAUAGAGGAUUUGACAGGAUGGCAAGGUCAGGUCCUGCAUAUGGAGAGAGAGCCAUGGCGACCGAAGAUCCUAGACAACGUGAAUCUAGGUCGAGAAGUUCUUCCCUGCCAAGGGAUCAACCUGCACCUGAUCAUAAAGGACGGGAAGCCAAUGCAACAAGUGUGGAGUCGACUAAGCAAGAAGAUCCCAAAACAUCGCUUGUCAUAACUGUCACCAAUGACCAAUGCCCAGGGAAAGAGGAAGGACCACCUUCAGCCAUUGACCGCCUUGGACCUCCAAUCCCUCAGAUGAAAGAUGCCUCAGAGAGACUUGGACCACCUGUCUCUGCUCCUGCAGAUCGUCUUGGACCACCUGUCCCUUCUGCUCUGGGUGCUGCUGCUAAUCGCCUAGGUCCUUCCGUGGUAGCUCCUGCGGAAAGGCUUGGUCCAUCUGUAGCUACCCCUCAAGAGCGACUGGGCCCAUCUCUUAUUGCACCUACCGAUCGUCUAGGGCGUCCAUUGCAGAAUUCCGCUGCACAUCAGCAAGGAGUUGCUCCAGUAGCUGCUCCAGUAGCUGCCCCUCCUAAGAGGUCAAGGAGAAGAGAAAAAAUUGUAGUUGAUGAAGACUUUGAUCUGUAUUCUGAUAUUCCACCUCCAGAGAAUGAGGAAGAAGUGAUCAGUGUGAAAGAGCCAAAACAGGAUCUCAUCAUCACUUUCCAAGCUCAAGACAAACCUGCGCCUGUUCCAACUGCAGCUCCAAAGAUGUUUCCAGCAGCUCAGCUCAUGACUGGUCCAGCUGCUCAGUCUCAACCAGAAGCAAUUCCAAAGGUAGUGGGGCCACAGAGUGAGCAGAGCCAUGAGAAUACAUUACAAGUGGCCUCUGAACCUGGAAAGGAAGUUUCAUCAGUGUCUGUUGUAACUAUCCCUAAAUCCAAGUGGGAGAGUGAUGAAGAUAGUUCAGAUAAACAUCUGAUUCUGGUACCAAAGUCUGCUAACACACCACAACCUAAAGCUGAGAUAUUGAAGAGUGUCAAAAAGAGAGAUCCGUCUUUGCAUAUGGGACAAAUUGUUAAGGAUGUCAGAUAUAAGAAAGCUGAUUCUACAAAAAUUCAGGAGUUGAUAGGUGAGAGUAAGCCAAAAAAAGAAUCAAAAGACAACACUCAGUCUGAUGAUAAACAACAUAAGUCAGAAACAAAAAAAAGCAAGCACAAAAGACGUAAUAGGAGCUCGAGUAGUAGUAGGAGUAGAAGUAGGAGCAGGAGCAGGGAUAGGGGUAAGAGAGAAAAGCAUGGGAAAGAUCGCAGAAGAAGAUCUAGAUCAGAUAGUAGAGAUAGAAGAAGAAGAAGAUCUAGGUCAGAUAGCAGAGAGAGAAAAGGAAAAAGAUCUAGAUCAGAUAGUAGAGAAAGAGGUUAUUACAAAACACGAUCAUUCAGGGGGAGGCCGGGGAGAGGAGGGAGAGGAGGGAGAGGUUCUUACAGAGGGGGAAUGUAUUUAGACAGUAGAGGUAGAUAUCAUAAAGAUUCUAGACACGACGAUCGUAAAAGGAGUAGAUCAAGAUCUAGGUCCAGAGACAGACGUCGACCACGGUAUGAUAAACGCAGAAGUAGAAGCAGGUCUAGUUCCUCUUCAUCAUAUAGUAGUAAUAGCAGCUCAAGCUCUAGAUCUAGUUACAGUUCCAGGUCUCGUAGUAGGAGCAAAUCGCCCGAGAAAAGUAAAAAGAAAGUGAAAGAUCCUAAGCAAAAGGGUGAUGAGAAAAGUAAUCGGAAAGAGGUCGAAAAGUUGAAGUCUGAAGAAAAGUCUGCUGACAAGGUCAAAGAGUCUGAACCACCUAAAGAAGCAGCAGAGAAAACUUAUGAUAUAUUCAGUGGAGAACUUGUUAAAGAAAAUCCUAAAAUAGAAAAGAAAGAAGAGAUUUUUGCAAAAGUUGGGGGACUGCCUGAUCCUCUCGGAUUAAAGCAACUUACAAAACCAAUGAAAAGCAAGAUAUACUCUGGACCAAUCUAUGAUAUGCCUCCACUGACCGUAACUGCUGCAACUGAAGCGGAUUCAAAACAGUCGGCUCCUUUGCCUCUUGCUGCUGCAAAGCCUUUGAAAUCAAUUCUGAAAAAGAAGAAGAAAGCUUCUGAUGUGCAAAAGGAAGAGGCAACUGCAAGUAAUGCUCCAGACUCGCGGGCACCGGCACCAGUAAGCGCACAACCUGCCCCAACUUCAAGUGCUCCUGAUUUGGCUCAGUUGUCUUCAGUACUAGCAAACCUUAUUCCUCAAGGAGGUAACCAGAACUCCCAGUCUUUGGUUACUCUCAUCUCUGCAAUUACUGCUCAACAACAGCAGAAACAAGAGCAAGAACAACAGCAAUUGCUACAACAACAACAGCAACAACAACAGCAUCAACAAAACCUUAUACAACAACAGCUCCAGCAGCAAUUACUUCUUCAGCAACAACAGCAGCAGCAACAACAACAGCAACAACAACAGCAAAGUCUGGGUUUCUUUAACUCACAAAAUACCACAAAUAUUCCUGGUUUGGGGAAUCAGUCUGAGUUCCCAGUAGGCAGUCAAGGCCUGUUUUCACUUGUUGGUGGUCUUGGAGGACAACAAUUUUCAUCUAUACCUGGUCUUGAGGGAGGUUAUAACAACCCUCAAGGGCUAGGAACUGGAGGUAUAAUGACUUCAUCUGCUACUGGUCUUGGAGGUAUACCUUCAGCAGCCUUGAAUUCGUCAAUCCCAGGACUUGGAGAUGCUAGCCAGAACACACAGCCACAAACAUCUCAACAAUCUAAUCAUCUAGCAUCCAUUCUACAGCAGUCUGGUCUAAAGAUGACACCAGAGUUGUCUGCUGUUCUUGGAAUGAAACAGCCAGACCAAACUCCAGCAGGAUUCAGUGCUCAACCAACCUUCCAAAGUGGUGCGUUGCCACCUGCACAGAACAUACCUUUCCUGUCAGGGGCGCCGGCAGUGACAGAAGAAGAAGAUCACUUCUUAUAUGGUGAACCACAGCAGGGAUUACAGUAUGCUAACCCAAAUCAAUAUGCAGGCCAAUCUCAGGUUCCAUUGACAAGUCAAGGGCAGUUCAACUAUCCCGGACAGGUGCAGGGAUCAGCACCAGACGAAUAUAUCCCAGAGGUUAAACCUGUAACAACACAAGCUGACCCCUCGGUAGACUCUAACCAAAUCCAAAAGAUUCUCUCCGCUAUUGGCUUUGACUUUGACAUGGCCAAAAAAGUUCAACUUGAGAAGACGCUAGGAUUGCAUGAAACACCUGUGGAACAGCCAUUGCAACAGCCACUGCAACAGCCACUGCAACAGCCACUGCAACAGCCACUGCAACAGCCACUGCAACAGCCACUGCAACAGAGUGAUUAUGAACAAGUGUCAGAGUAUGUUAGUGCACAGCGAAUCCAAGCUCAGCAAAUUCAAACUCAGCAAGCUACUCAAAUAGAAGGGUCUGCCGUUGCUUCAACUUCAUUGCCUGAUUAUAAGAUGGAAGGUUUGAAUCAAACUGCUUCAUUCCUUGAUACUGGACUACAAGUACCAGUAAGCGCUACUGAGGAAAAAUCUGCCAAGAAACUAAGUAAGAAAAAGAAAAGGAAAUUAGAAAAGAAAAAGGUAAAGGAAGAGAAAGCUGCGUUGAAAGCUAAGUCUUCUGAUAUCGAAAAACAGCCCACUAAGAAGGGACACCAAGAAAAUCUGGAACAGAAGGAAAAAAGAAAAUCUGACAAAAGUGGCUCCAAGAGUCCUCUCACAGAGCCUAUCAGUGAUGAUGAGCUUGAACAGAGUACACCCAAGAAACAUCCACAGUAUGCUGAUCUCGCCAAUAUCAAGAUAAAGGUUGCCCAAACACCUUCUUCAUCAAGAUCAGAAUCAAACCGGAGGAUAGUGUUGCUUCCUCAAAGACAAGAGCACCCCGAGUUUCAGGAGGAGAAGAGGCAUGUCUCCAUGGAACCAGCUGGAGGAAAAUGGCCAACACAUGAGAAGCCAUAUCAAGGAGAUGAUUACUACAAACAGCAGGAAUGGCAGAUGAAAGAGCGUAGACACAUAGAGGAACAGUUGAGGUUGGAGAUGCAAAUAAAAGAAGAAAAGGAUAAGGAGAAAAGGCGAAAGGACAUGCUGAAGAAGGAACAAGAGUGGCUGAUGAGAGAGGUGGCCUUAAAGACGAUGGAAGAGAAAAUCAGGAGGGAAGAAGAAAAGCUACUUCAAGUCAAGGUACUGAAUAAGCGUCAGGAAGAGAAGUUACGAAGGGAGGAGGAGAAGCUGAUACAUGAUUGGGAAUUAAUGAGGAGACAGGAAUCAAAGAGGAGAGAUGCGGAAAGGGCCAGUGAAGCAAGCAGGCAGCAAAAGCUUAGAGAAGAAAAAGACAGGAUCCAGAAGAAGUUGGGACUUCUUGAGAGAGCACUUGAAUCAUUGAAGAAGCAGCAAGGAGAUCUAAUGAGGCGCAAGCAGCACACAAAAGAUGGACACAAAGAUCCCCAGCUGCUGCAAAACGGCAAACUGCAAGAUGAGAUUGCUGACCAGAUCAGAUCUCUGAGGAAAGCCUAUGCAGAUGUUGGCACCAAAGGUCAUGACAGGGAUGCAGAGAAGAGUAGCACAGAGAGCCGGGAAGGAAAGGAGCGAAGGAGCGUGUCCACUGACAGGUCGAGCGGUAGUAGAGAUGAUCGAGAUGGAGAGAAAGGGAAGAGUUCAUCUUCGUCCCACAGCAAGCGCAGCUCUAUUGACCGGAAGGAAGAGAAAGAGAAGGAGAAAGAGAGCAAGGCUCGGUUCCAGUUCACCUACUUUGACAACGGAGACCAUUGGUGCAAAGUUUGCCAGAAGGCGCUGCGAAAUCUCAAUGAGUUUUUCAUUCAUCUCCACUCAAAGAAACACAUGAAGCUGAUUGAUCCUAUGGAUAGACCAUGGAUGUCAAGUGAUGCCAAAUCUGAGAAGUCUGGACCUACUGAGGGCCUCCUUCCUGCACCUGUCAAAGGCGCAGAGUUUGUGAUGCCAGUGAAUGGAUUCUAUUGUCGUCUGUGUAAGGUGUUCCUUGGUGACGGAAUCUGUGGCAUGGAGCACAUGAAGGACCCAAGUCACAAUCUAGCAUAUCAGAAAUUGUUAGAUGAGAACAAGUUGUAUGACAAACAGUUGCAACUGGAGAAAGCUGCAUCUUCAGCCAACGCACCCAUUUUCAGCAGGGAAGAAGAAGAUGGAGAGGGGAAGGCGAACACCAAGAGAAAAGCUGAAGAGGGACCCGAAGACAAACCUAGCAAGCAGAUAAAAAGUGAAUCUCCCGAUGUCAAGGUUUCAUUGAAACCGUCUGGUGGAUUUGGAAAGUUUGAGUUUAGCAAGGAACAUGGACCUGCUGUUCCACCCCCAAAAGCUGCCCCUGAAGUACCCUUGGAGCUGAGGAAAAACACCAGUCAAGGCAGUAGUGAUGCCACUGCAACGAAAGAUCCUAACAAAUUGAGCAUCAAGCUGGGCUCAUCUAAACGCCUGAUUCCAUCUGCUCUGUUGCGUGCUAAAGCUGCCCAGGCGACAUCUACCACUACUGCUGCUGAAGCUGUAGCAGCUACAACUGCAACAGACCCUGAAGCUUCAAUAACAGUUAGAGCCAGAACAACAAGAUCUUCAACGUUGGCCCAGAGGCCACUGCCCAUGAUUGGUAAACGACCAACUCGUCGGACCAGGGAACAGCCCAAAGAGCCUCCUGCAGAAGAAAGAAUCCGUCGUUCUUCCCUGGAUGAUUUCCUCCUAGGCUCUGGUGGAGAAGCCCUCCCAGUGAUCAGUGAUGUCAAAGAAGAAACCCCUGUGAAGAAACCAGAAGAAGAGGAGAAGAAGGCUGAAGAUUUUGUGCCGAAGGAGAUCGACAUCGCUAGUGCGUUCAAGAGUAUUGCAGAGUUUGGUAAUCCUGAAGAGAUGGAGUUCAUUCAGAUUGAUGAAGCAUCAGAUGAUGAGCUAGUAGAGAUGCCAGAGAUACCGGGAGGUGAACAAGAGGAGAACAGCAGCCUACCAGCACCGAUACCUCCACCGCCUGCCAAUUAGCUCCACUAUACAAUUGCUUUGGAUCACAAACGGAGGUGUACAGAAGGAGACAGAAGGUUGCAGAUGACUGGAGUUUGCCUGGACAGUAGAUUACGGGGAUGACGAUCGUGUGAAGUCUCAUCUUCAACUUGCACCAGAGAGGAAGAGUUAUGAUUGAUUGUGAAAGUCUAUGGAUAUUCCAGUCGGAAAAAGGAAAGGAGAAAUGAGUUGAUCAUUAUUUCAUCUUUUAUUGACAAAUUUGUUUGUUACUUGUAAAUUAUCGAUUAUAGUUGAACUUCAUUGGGUUACUCUCAAUCCAGGUUUAACAAUGGUACCUAGUAGAAAUCAAUUCUGUAUUGCUUUUGGCACAUUGCAGCAGCUUGGCUAAAGCCUAGGUAAUAGUACUACCAUGUAGGUGCCUUUAGCAUCAUGUGGGAUAAAAAUAUGCACAUAAUGAAUGUAGUUUUGGGUGUCAUUCGUCAUUGUUACUACCCGUCCAGUAGAUAGCUCCCCUUGUCAGCGGUAUAUUUUAAUGCAUGUUUUUGUUUAGUGUUCAAGGAUAUUAUUAUGUAAUAUAAGGAUGGUGUUUAUACUCUGCACAUUGUACUUGAAGUAGUUACAUUCAUGUUCUCUGCUUCUCUCUAACAAAGGCAUAGAACGGUUUUGUAUAUUCUAUUUUAUUAAUAGAUUCCAUAUUUGAUAAAGGAGUAUUUCAAAUGGAUUUUAACCAAGGUAUUUCUAAGCCAAGGCUUGGCAUUUAAGGGGUUAAAGAAAUUUCAGAACCAACAUGGGCACUAUUUGAUUCUGUUCUUGUCAAUAGUACAUUCAAGUGAAUUAUGUUUACUAAUCCAAUCAAAAACAUGUUUUGUAUUUGUACAUAUCAUUAUUACAUAAAAAAUAGUGUAAGCUAUCUUAUUCAUGUUUCUAGGUUAUUGUGUAUUUUGUGCUGCGUAGAUGUAGGUUAUGUAGCUUAGUUUGCCAUACCUCUGGACACACUUAUUGGAGGGCAUUGCAUCUAUUCCUGCCUGUUAGAAGUCAUCUUUUCAGCCAACGCACCCAUUUACACUAGGGUAGAAGAAGAUGAAGAGGGAUAGGCGAACACCAAGAGAAAAGAUGAAGAGGAACCUGAAGACGUCAUCUUCUCUUUGCUCGGCUUGAAAGGAAGGACAACGACCCUGUUGAUGCAAGUUCUGGUUUUAUGGAGAUCAAUCAGUAUUGGAAGAGACUUGUGCUUGUUCAUCAUCAUCAUCGCAUCAUUUUGAUGCUGUUCAUGUUAUAGUGAUCAGUUUCAUUUUUUCAGGAAUGCCCGUCUUUAUCCAUGGAUGAUUCUUGCAGAAAUGGCCAAUGAAUUGCCGAUGAGGAUGUGCAUGUAUUACAGAAGUCAAUGUAAUAUCAAAAUACAAAAUAACUUGUUCUACAAACAAAAUGAAAACCAAAAUAUUCAACAGUUGAUAUGUACGUUGUAAGAAUUUCCAUUUGAAAAGUUUUAAAAUGUCAUAAUACACUAUGUUUUUACCAUGUUGAGUAAUUUAGUACAUGUAAGUAUAGAUAAGAUACAUGCAUGUAUAUUAUUGUACUAAAAUAUUUUGAUGUAACCAUUAUGACCAUUUAUGUAUGUUGUUUAUAACUUUAUAUUGCAUCAUGCAUACAUGUACAAUUUUAAUCAUUUGUGUUUAGAAUGAAUUGUAUUAUGGUUAUCUGAAUAGGCAUUUUACUAGUUGCUCUCUCAAGUAGUGAGUUUUAAUUCGUAAUUUUGAUAAAUGAUACACCAAGUCAUAUGAGUUAAUCAGAGUUUGUGGUUAACUUGACUCUUUUCAGAGUGCAUACACAAAUAAGUCUUCAUGCUUUAGGCAUUAGAACUUAUAAUUUUUGGGGAUGUAGAUUCACUUUCGUUUCUUCCAUGUAGUUUUGCUUGUUUGUAGUUUGAAGAACUGAGAUUGCAUUUUGUAAAAGAUUCGUAAUUAAAACAUUUCUAAUUACAAACCACUUUCAUGUACAUAAAGUAUCAUUGCAAAAUUACAAAUAGUUGGGAAAAUUAUUCAAAAGCAGUUUCAAGCUUUUUCCUCAUCUACUUCUGUGUGCCACACAGCAUAAGCACUAAUUUUGAAACAAUCUAGGAUUAUGUUUUGUAAAUGUAUAGAGAAAUGCAAGAUUGUAAUGGUGAUGGAGAAGUAUUGUUCAGAGAGAAAGAGAGAGAUAGAAAAAGUGAGAAAGAAAGUAGAGAUAGAUCUAUGGAGUUUGUCUGAAGCAGCCAUGAAAGAUUUACAUAUCUUUUCCCUCCAUUUGGUCGAGGAAAAAGGGUGUAUGCAGUUUUUUUUAAUUGCAACAGGGGAAGAAUUGGAGGUCUGUGCUUGGCUGGAGCAACUUAGCGGUCGCUUGUCUUCUGGUUUUUGAGGUUGAAUAUAUCUUGCAAUU